GUUGUCUGUAUUUAGUUUAGUGUCCGCGGCCGCGCCGGUGAUAGCGUGCCAUGCAAUAGUGCAGUGUUUCUGUGAUACCAGUUCUGAUGCUGUGAAGUGCCGAUAAAGGGAUUUGGAUGUCACAAAUGCUGCCAGAAGGUGGAGAAGUGAUGCGCCGCGUGGCGUGCGCAGACGUGUGUCCCGCGCCGCCCGCGCCCGCCCCGCCGCUUGCGCAGCAAACCACCACAAGGUCAGAAAAUAAAGAACUGCUGAGGCAACAGUUACUAUCAACCAGCAAAGAGCGAAACGAGAAAGCUGAACCACCAAAACAGAAGCACGUCAGAAACCGGCAGAAGAACCGAUGGAAACUCAAGUUCCACCACCAAGCGCUGCCGCAGGAAUACCUUGACCACUACGAACAAAGUUUACAGAAGGCCAACGCCAAAGCCAAACCACAAAAACCCCCUGAAAAACCCAAACAAGAACCAACCUUUGACAUCAACAACAUCACAAAUGAAACUUUCAAAAUAUGGGCUCAGAGGCUAGCGGGCAUACAAAACGAAACAGGAACGCUGACAGUACCCAACUCUCCUGCUAUAAACAUGGCUAAAAAUACAAAUAAAACGGAAGAUAGGAAAAAGAAAAAUCCAGCUAUAGCUCCAAGCAAAAUAAUGACUUACGAGGAUCUUCCAUAUAUGGGGGAAAUGACGCUCAAUAACUCUAAACCAAGGAGAGGACGAAAGCCGAAGAAAGCUGACAUUUGCCAUCUUAUUUAUGAAAACUAUGGAACUGUAGUGCCGGGGCAACCUCCUCCCGCGCAAGACAGGUCUAAUCCACACAGCCUGUGUUCACAAUUUCGAAGUGACAAUCCUGCAAGCUCUCCUAAAACGGACUUGCAGAAUAAAAUUAUUUCUAAUUUACUAGAACGCAAGUUAUGCGCUGAGAAUAAGAGAAGAUUGGAGACUCUAUCGCCUCAAAGGUUUAAUAGCCCAGAUGAGCCUAUGCCCGAAGCUCCAUUGACUAUCCCUGGACCCCUUCAUAGUGACGAUGAACCAUUGAAUCUUUGCAUAAGAGAUCUUCAUGAAUUAAAAAUACAGAUCCAAAAGAAAUUUGGUAACAUUUAUACUUCAGCUCCAGAAGUUAAGACUGAGAUCGAUGCUGAUUCUCCUGAGCCUAUGGAGGCAGAAAUUAAGACUGAACAACCUAAUGCCAUAUCUGUUAUACAGAGGAACACGAAUCUCUUGCCGUCGACCGCGAGCAGCUCACCAGAUCUCUCACGGCAAACAAGAAAUGUGUCUCCAACGCUGUCAGAACCGGCUCAAUCUACUUCCUCUCCUGAUGGUGACGGAAAAUUUCCCGGAUACGUUUACUGGCCAAAUGCUGGAAUCUACAUGCAUCCAUUAGCUUUGCAAACUCAAUUGUUGUACUACCAAAGGCUAGCGGCAGGACAAAUACCUUUAGAUGACCAAGAGAAAAGUCCGUCAACGCCAAAUAGUGUGAGUGAAGCCGCGUCAACGGAUACCAACUCUCCGUUAGACGAAACUAAAAACAAACUAGUGCUCAAACAAAUUUCCGAACUCCUAGACCCAAAAGUGAUAAAGCAAGUGGAAGAAGUCAAAAAAAGUCCUGAUCCUGCUAAAAUGAAAAGGACUUCUCCCAACCCUGUAGGUGGUCCUGUGAAGAGGAAACGCUCAGCUAUUUUCAUUCCCCCGAUCCCUGCCAAAACCAAUUCGACCACACCAACAACUGAAGUGAGCAUUUGCAAAUUCAAAUUUACUGGAGGAUCGAAACCGUCACUGCAAGAAAAGAAGAUGUUGUCUGUUGAUUCUGGUGGAAAUUUUAGGUACUACAGCGGUACUGGCAACAAAGGAAACAAAGGGUAUGAUUACCUUCACAGAGACUCCAACCAGGGAAGAUCUUCUGAGCCAGAGGCGUCUGUAUCAACCCCAAAAGUGGACCACCCAACGAGUAAAGAGGACUUGAGUAAGAAGAAGAGGAAGUCUCGAAAAAGUCUGCAAAGAGAAAAGUUGGAGCAGACGUUCAAAGAGAAGGGGUUUUUGAUUCAAACGCAGCAGUUGCAAUCCGCUGAAGGAGCUACAUAUUGCAAGUUCAGGCAGCUUAGGAAAUUUACUCGCUACCUUUUUAGAAGCUGGAAAGAUUACCUUCCAGGGGAAUUGGACGAGAGAGCUAAUAAUACUGAGGCUGUUCCCGAACAACUGCCAACGAAUGAAACGCCGAGUGAAUGGGGCUGAUUUGAAGAUUUCUAUCCAAAGAAAUGAAUAAAACUUUUUAUCCCGGCUACUCUAACUAGUAGCCAAAUUUAUAUUGUGCAUUUAUGGAGUAAUUAGUGAGAUUAACAAACUGUAUGAAUCUGUACAAAGUCGCCACUCCGUCCAAUGUUUUGUUUGUGUACCGUUUGUUGUUUUAUGUUGUAUUUAUUUAUUUGUUUGUUUAUGAAAUACCCAUACAUAACAUGUCAUUUAAUUUUUUUAUUAUUAAGUAUUAAUAGGUUCGGAAUACUCGAAAGCUUUUAAUAUAAGGUCUUUUAACUCUGUUAAAGGCAAUUUAAAAUAGGUAAUAUGUUUCAUAUUAGUAAAUAAAUUCUUCUAAGUAGGUAUUCAGUAUUGAAAGAUCACUUUUAUAAGGCACCUCGUAGAAUAGCGCAACCUACCGCCGACUCAAACCGAAUUAAAUCUCAACAAAAUAUGGACCUUAUAACAAGUGCAUUAAACAUUAACUUAAAAAAAAAUAGUCUCCCGAUACCUCGCUCAUAAUAUCGGACAGUUCAGUUCGCGGGUUGAAUGACGCACUCUGAUUGGCUCAAAUAUUUUCGCGCCAUUCAAAAAUAAAACUUCUGCGCAGGUACCUUAUAAAUUCGGUGAAACUGUAAUUAUUAUUGUAAAAAUUGUACCUAGUGGGAAACUGCUCACAUUGCCUUCAAAAGGCUACAGAAAUCUGAAUAACAGUUUAGAUUUCAGCAAAGAAAUCUUAUUUAGAUUUCUAUGUGGAAACUCUUUUAGAUAGGUAGGUUAUAGCUUGAAAAAAUAUUGUUUGUCUAAUCGUUAGUGCAUUAUAAGUUGUUACAAACUAGCUUUUGUUCGAGGCUACGAUCGCGUGGGAAUCUUGAAUGAAUCUCUUUUCCGUGGAUGUCGCCUACUACGGGAAACCAGAUUACUUUAGUCUAAGCUUCCCAUCUAGUCUAGUAGCGAAGAAUUUCUAUUUCUUCUUCUCAGCAUAUUCUAAAAGUUGGGAAAGGCUUAUAAAUUUGUAAAAAGCAUAAGCAAGCAACCUUUUACUAUCUCUCAAUCUCACAUUUGAGUGUCUUUAUAAACUAUUUGUGAAUUUAUGUUUUCCCACGCAUACGAAGUCGCGGGUACCAGCUAGUUACUAAUAAACUAGUCAUUUGACACCUCUAACUUAGCAUUAAGAUAGUAUAAUCAUGUACAUACGCAAUUGAGAGGUAAUCUAGUCAAUAAUUUAAGUUGUUAAUACUAUGUUCAGUUUAUAAUUAAUUAAUAUAUGUUUUUAUACCAAUAAAAUACAUUUUUAUACUCAAAAAGUUUAUUACAGAAGUUAAUUCUGCGAUGAAAAAUAUAUGACAAAAAAAAUGCAACAGGAAUGUAAAAUGUCCCAAUUAAACAUUAACCAAAUGAAUAAAGUCUAUUAUUUAUAACAAUGAUAAGAACAAUAAGCUUUACAUGUUUUAUGUUUUUGUCUGUCCUAUUAGGGAUGAACAAAGUUACGACAUGAGAAA